AUGCAAGUAUCAGAGCUGGAAUUAUUUAAAGAAGCAAGUAAAGAGCCUAAAUUUUUAUAUCAGUACACUGACGCUCAGGUCAUGAAGAUUUUAUAUAAAGUUUGGUCUGGGUUCACCAAGUUUAUCAGGGACUUCAUGUCAAAUGAUCACGCAUUUUUAUAGUGCGCAUUUCAUCAAAGCACAUUUGGUCGAAAAUUUCAAAUAGUGUGACAUUUGGUCAAAAUUUAACAGGUUUUUUCAGUCAAAUACCUCAUUAUCAAAAGCUUCGACGAUCACUGAGCCUGCACCCUUAUCAGGAGUUUAAUUAUGCAAGGACGGAAUGUUAAUUGUAUGGAAUUCGGAAGAUUUAUUUGUGGGUCUGAAAAUAAGGUAAAAUUCAUCCCAAAUCAAAAAUUUCUCAGUUCAGGCGGAUUUUCUUCACAUCUAGAAGAAGAAAAAAUUGAUAAAAGUAAAGACCAACAUAUAAGUUACUCUGCUAUUGCGUAUGCAGCUAAUUUAGACCGAGAAGUAGUUAAUAAAGCUAUAAAAGAGAUUAUAGGUACAGCAAUAAAAGUAUCAAGCAGUGGGAGAAAUGUGAAACUUGAUAUGAGGGUUGAAUGGCUCAUAUUUUUCCCUCAAGGAAAUUUGGUUAAAUACAGUAUAUUUACUCGAUUGAUUUUUUAAAAAAAAAUUGUGCUGAGAAAAUAUCUCCUGGGAAAAUUCUCGAUAAAAAAUUGCUAAAGGGUUGGGGUGCUAAUUAUUGGGAAUAAAACUUUUGAGUUUAAAUAUGGGUUAGAGUCUGGGACAAGAGCAGAAGGCCAGAGAUCUCCAAGCUUAAGUUCAGCAAAAACUCCAUCAACAAGCAGAUGCACUAUUUUUCGUCCUGAUUCUGAACAAAGUGCUGGAUAUCACCCAUCAAAUCCAAAUCCUCGAUACCAAGGCUUAAGUCCUGUCAAACUCAAGCCAAUCCCAGAAAAAACUUCUGAAACCUCCAUACCUUGGCCUUAUUUGCCAGAAGCCUACAACGACAAGGUCUCGCCUGGAAAAGGUACCAAAAAGCUAAACAUCCCUCCCCCAAUUUCUGCUCGAAAGCUUUUAAAUGACCAAAGAGCACAAAUUGAGCAAAAAAAAGAGAAAAAAGAAACAGAAAGCAAGCAAGCCAAAGAAUACGAAAAUAAACUGAUAAAAGACAUAAAAUUAAAUAUGGCGUCUUCGUCUGGGCAUGGCCUCCCGGCCAUGCAGCCUCAACUCAUAUUUAAUUAUAUCCGGCAAGGUUUUGCCAGCUCAGAGAGGGACAGCAAUGCUAGGUAAGCAAUUCUGGUUGUGUUCAGAGCCUAGCCCUAGUCUAUUCUCAGGGUUGGUUUUUUUCCUCGUGGGGAAGGAAGGCAUGACAGUUGGAAAGGGGAAGCCCAGCAGAGUCCUAAGGACCAAUCGGGCAACUCCCUAGCGUGAAACUGGGCGUUACGUCCCAGGCUGCGUGUUUUUCCUUUUUGCCGAGAGCCGACCAGAAAAUCCAUUUUUUGGAUUUUCGGAAAGGCAACCCAUGUCCAGAUGCAGUAACUCACUCAUGAGCCGUCGAAGCCGGUGACAUUUACCCUAGGCGCACCUUGGUGAUCGAGACGGGUUGGCCCAGCAAUUCGUGGGCCCGAUGUGGCGGGUCUGGGAUAGUCUACCGCGUGGUGGACGUUAAACGUUAUAAUUAAUUAGUUAGUUAGAUAAAAGACAUAAACCAAAGGCUGAUUUCAGACAGAGAGUCAAAAGAAAUCUUACUUACUUACUUACUUACUUACUUAAUUAUUAACUGUGUUUAACGCCAUUUACGGGGUUGCCCCGACCCAGAGCUUCCCGCUGCUUCUUCGCCGCAUAGGGCCCGCCGACCGUCUGUGGCCAGUCAGCCUCUCGAUCACCAAUAUGCGCCUCCGAGCAGUGUUGCCGACUAAGGCGGCUCAUGCCUGAGCUACUUGGCUUGUGGACACGGGUUGCCAUUCCGAAAACCCAAAACAUGGAUUUUCUGGUAGGCUCUCGGCAAAAAGGAAAACACGAAGCCUGGGACGUAACACCCCAGUUUCCACGCUAGGGAAUUGCCCGAUUGGUCCUAACGGACUUGGCUGAGCUUCCCCUUUCCAACUUGCGUGCCUCCUUCCCCAUGAGGAAAAAACAUUCCCGAAAGUAGACUUGGGCUAGGCUCUGAGCACAACCAGAAUUGCUUACCUAGCAUUGCUGUCCGUCUCUGAAAUGCAAAACCUUGCCGGAUAUAAUUAAAAUAUGAGUCGAGUAUGCAUGGCCGGGAGGCCAUGCCCAGACGAAGACGCCAUAUUUUAAUUAUGAGUCAAAAGAAAUCGCUGAAUGAGAAAAAAAGCUGAUUUUUAUAGAAGGAAACAAAAAACAGCUAAGAGAGCACGAUGAAAAACGCAAGAAAAUUAAAGAAGAAAGGAAUAAAGAGUCUUAUGAUUAUUUUCCUUUUACUCAUGGAGAUGCUCUUGAGCAGAAACAAAGAGAAAUUAAAGAAGAAUGGCAAAAAGAAAUGAACCAAGUCAGAGAAAAAAGCAGCUCAAAAGCACGCUCAAAACUAUCAGACUCCUAUAUAGCACAAUACCCAGUAUGGUUAAAACAAGAUGAGUAUGCACCGAUAAGAAGAAUUAAUGAAGACCACGUAGAAAUCGUAAUGGAUCAAGCUUUGCAAAGAUAUGAAGAGCAGCUGCAAAAAAUUGAAGAAGAAAACGUUAAAAGAGAGGAAUUAAAUGAAAAACAAGACAAUUUUAAUAAAGCAUUUGAAAAGCUGAAGUCCAAAGAAAGAGAAAAAGCUGCAAAUCAAAUGUUAGUUAUUACGUUUAAUGUCCAUACCAGAUUGUCAGCUACCUCCAAAACCACUCUGGAACAUUUUCACAAUCUCCCUCCUGCCCGCAAAAGUUUGGCACCUUGACUUUUUUUCACGGUGAGGACACCAGUCUUCAAGUAGGAUUCGGUGAUCUUUUUUGAGCUCAGACUACCUACUUAUAUCUUUUAGGUACCUAAACGUCCCAGUCUCUACCCUGGGGUAGUGGUGCCAUUCUGGAAAUUGAUUUCCUAAAAUCAGGAGUCCAGUUGGAAAAACUACCUGGCUAGGAAAUUUCACCAAGGAAACCAAACCUCAUAAUUAAAAUAUGCAAGAGAAGAAUUUUAGUAAGGGAUACCAAAAAAUUCGAGCAUCACCAUAUUUUAAUUAUAGAAAAAGCUAUCAGAGAAAACGAAAAUAUUUUACGAGAACAAAUGAAAGAAAAAAAACUAAAAAAGAAAAAAGAAACAACAGAAAAUAAAGAGCUUGAAAACACGAAUUUCGGGCCAGAUGAAGGGGUAAGUGAGCUUAUGGAGGAGGCAGAAGAACAAGCCAAAAUAAAAAUGGAAUUAAAAGAAGCUCUACAAACACAAAUAAAAGUAAAAAACAUAUAGGAAAAGCAUGAAAAGCUGAGAAAAAGGCAAAAAGAAGAAAGGGAAAUGGAUAUUUCUCUAAAUCAGCUGUUUGAAGAAGCUUGGGAAAACGAACAAAUGAAUUCCAAGCUAAAAUCGCAAGCAAAUAAGUAAGGAUUAUAUAGGAACCUCUAUAAAGAAGUCUGGCUUAAACAAAUGAAAAUGAGGCAGCUUCAAAAUAAUUUAUCAAAUGAAUAA